UUAGCAGCCUAUAAAGACGAUUCGCGUAAAGCUGUGAUAUUAUUAACAAGACAUCCAAAAUCUCAGCUAUAUAACUUAGAAGGUCAUCUCCAGAUUGGACUGCGAUUGAUUCACAUCAAACCUUCUACUGAUGGAUCGCAACAUUUUCUAGUUUCACAGGAAACAUUAUUUCACCGUCCACAAGCUGAAGAACAUCAUCGCAGUAAAAGAUCUCUGUCUGUUUAUACUAUUGAAGUGGGGUUUGUCGCCGAUUAUGAAAACUUCUACAGUUUUUUGGGAAGAAAUAACAACGACCUACAAUUAGCGGAAGCCGAAAUGAGGAAUUACUAUGCUUUCAUAGCCGAGAAGUUGAAGGUCAGAUAUCACCACAUUAACGAGGUAGAUGGAACUAUUGCCUUUGAUGUAGUCACUUCCGGUUUGACUAUUGUAGAGAACCGAGCAGACGCCUGGUUUACUGAAAAUGUUAAAAAUGGAACACUAGUGGAAGCUCUGACGGCACUGAAUAAUACACGUUACUGGACAGCAAGUCUACCGUCUGGUAUAACCGUACCUGCUAGUGAUCACUUUAUGUUCUUUACUGGGUAUAAUCUGGUACAUGCUGAGAAUCUGGCAAAUGCUGGUUUAGCCUUCUAUGGUGAAGUUUGUCGACGGGACGGGAGAUACAGUUAUUCUAUAGUUGAAGAUCAUCGUGAUGGAGAGACGGGCACAACAGCUUCUCAUGAACUAGGACACUGUUUAAAUGCUUCACAUGACGGGUUAGUCGGAUGUUUUGAUGUGAAUGGUUUUAUCAUGUCCGGACAAGCUGUAUUAAUAAAUACCGCUGACAUGGCUCAGAGACCCUGGCAAUUCUCUACUUGUUCUGUCAGAGAUAUGAAAGCAUACGUACAGAGUUCUGAUGUGAACUGUUUAAAGGAUAGAAGGUACGGUACAGGUGUGGUGACUUCCGACCAAAAAGCUGGACAAUAUUUCACCAUACAGGAUCAGUGCAAAAUGAAAAAUGGAGACAAGUCGACUUUCUGCGAGUUCGCCUACAGGACUGAUAAAGCCAAGUUAUGUUAUUUAGUAUUUUGUACAAUACCCGACGAUUAUACUCAAUGUGGAAGUGCUAAACCCAUGGAAUAUACAACCUGUGAUACAAAUAAAUGGUGUCAUCGUGGACUGUGUAUAAACGCUAACAAUACAGAGCCGGUAUUUAGAAAUCUACCCACAACUGCUGUAGAAAUACCGGAAGAAGCACAAGGCGUAAUUUAUACGGUAGAUACAUAUGACCCGGAUGUUGGUGACGUCAUGACCUUUCAUCUCACGUGGGAUCCAAUAUCAGCUGCUGGUUUCUUUACCUUUAAUCAAACAAGUCAACAAGUAUCUGUUAAACCGGGACUACAUUUAAAAUCUGAUGGUUUCCCUUCAAGCAACUUUAGUUUGAUCUUAUCAGUAGAUGAUGGUAUACUCAGAACUUUACCUGUUAAUAUAGAAUUUAAAAUAAAAGUAGAAUUAACUCAUCCUCCGGUCUUUUCGCAAUCCAGCUAUAAUAAACAGGUCAAUGAAGGCAAGGCAGGCGAUGUGGUUAUUCCAUCACUGAUGAACUCAGUAACAGAUAAAGACAAUUCAAUCAUUACCUUUAGCUUGAUCAACUCGACCUAUUCCCACUAUUUUACCAUCAACUCAACAACCGGUAAAAUGAUAUAUUCCCGAGAUUACGACACUGAUCCAAAUGGUCUGCCAUCAACUCUAACACUAACAGUUCAAGCUACAGAUGACUCGGACUUAUCAGCUACAACCAACUUUAUUUUAACAAUCGUCAACCUCAAUCAACAACCAGAAUUCCUCAAUCUACCCAACUCCACUAACAUCCCAGAGAAUGCCCUGACCGGAGGUGUUGUAUUUACGGUCUCAGCUAGAGACCCAGACACAACGGAUACUCUCACUUACAAAUUUCUUAAUCCAAAGUCGUUCGUUAAUACUUACUUAACUAUCGACUCUCAAUCUGGGGUGAUAACCGUCAACCGAACUAAAGAUCUGGAUUAUGAGACUCUGGACCCUAAAACAGUGAGCAUCGGUAUCAUUGUUGGUAACACACAUCAUACAGUGGAGGAGAUACUUACUGUACAUGUUGUUAACGUUAAUGAACCGCCGUAUUUUACUUCCACAAGUUAUAAUGUUACGACUACAACCGGACCAGCAGGAAGAAUUAUUGUUAAUAGCCUGGUAGAGUUGGUUCAAGAUCCUGAUUUAACAGACACGGUAUUUACAUACAGUCUCAUGCCUGACGUUUAUACACAUUUAUUUCAAAUCGAUUCAUCAAAUGGACAUAUUGUAUUUGCUGAGGAUUAUGGAACCAAUAGAACUAUUUAUCCUAAAGAGGUGAUAUUAGUUGUUCGAGCGACUGAUAGUGGCGGAUUACAAGGCGAAGUGCCCUAUCUUGUAAUCAUAAAUUUAGAAGAACAGGGACCAGUUAUAACCAACUUACCUGACACCAUUCAACUGAAUGAGAACACAGCCACAGGAACGGUUAUAUAUACGGUUACAGCUACAGACAUUAAUCCGGGUGACACCGUAACUUUUAGGAUGCAGAGUUUUGACACGGUAUUCUCCAUCAGUCCUGAUGGUGUAAUAUCAAUUACAAAUGGAAGUAUAUUGAACUAUGAAACAUUUGAACAAACUAUAAAUCUGGAGAUUACAGCUUUUGAUGGUGUUUUGUUCUCUAAUGUAUCAAUUCUGACGGUCAAGCUACAAGAUGUUAACGAGCCGCCGACUUUUACCCAAACUCAAUACAACAUUACAGUCGAUGAAGGAAAAACUGGACAAUCUGUUGUGUCAAGUUUAUCACAACUUGCCUCGGAUCCAGACAUAAACGACACUGUGGUGUUUUCAUUGGCCAAUAUCGCCAGUGGUGUUUCUAUUGACCAAUCAUUGGGGCGUAUUACAUUUAGUAUGGAUUACCCAUCGACGUCACCAAACCCAGCAGUGUUUAUGGUAAUAGCUACUGAUUCAGGAGGACUGUCUAGCUCAGCAACCGUUACCGUGACGAUCGUUAACAUUAUGAAUACGACAACAUCUGUUAAUGAAGCGUCUACUGAAACCACAACUAGAGUCCUGGACGAGACCACCGUUACCAUGACGAUCGUUAACAUUAUGAAUACGACAACAUCUGUUAAUGAAGCGUCUACUGAAACCACAACUAGAGGCCAGGACGACACCACACUAUCCACGAAGACCACCUCGGACGUUUCUCCUCAAAACAGAGCCCCACAAUUCACCAAUUUACCCCAGACUAUCACACUACUAUCAGAUACACCUGCUGGAACUGUCAUCUUCACCAUAGAAACGUCUGACCCGGAUGUAAAUGAUGUUAUAACAGUAAAGAUGGCGACUGAUGCUGCUUUUAAUUUUGAUACUAAUAGUUAUACAGUAUCAGUAAGUAAUGGAGCGAUGUUAACAUCUAAUGCAACAUAUAGACUACUGUUUACAGUUACAGAUGGGCAAUAUACAGGCUCAUCUACUCUAACAGUUCAAAUAUACUUAACAGGAGAUCGUGUUACUGAUAAACCUACGGCUGAAUCUACAACACCUAACGACGUAGGAGCAACAGGAGCAACAGGAGCAACAGUAAAACCCAAUCCAGAAGGAGCUGAACCAUUAUUCAACAGACCGUGGGUUAUAUCAGCUAUAGUAGUUGUAGCUAUAAUUGUACCAUCAUUAACCAUACUAGUGAUAUGUAUUAUAUGUCGGAGACGAAACACAGCAGACAAGGAUGAAUAUUCAGAUGACCAAUCUAUGAAAACUCUACCGAUGUCCUUCUAUCCCAGCUAUCAUCCUGAACGGGAACCCGUACCAAUUAGUUUUGAUAAUGCUGUCUACUACGCCAAGUAACCACAUCGCUUAAACACCCAUCCAUAUUUACAUCAUGGCCUGAAUUCCCACUUGGGCAUUUUCUGGUUGGUUGGGACAUUACUGGGUCAAACAUCGGCCGCUGGGUCCCCCCUUCUAAAAUAAUCACUAAAAAUCACAUUCUUUUGCACAGGCUUUUAUUUAUGGGUAUGUAAUGUUAUCAUUUAGACUUUUAUGUAGAUUUAAAUCUAAUAUAAUUCAAUUUAUAUUUUUGUAAAGCGCCUCUGAGCAUUGCUCAAUGAUGGAAGAUGGGCGCCCUAAAAAUAUAAGCAAUUUAUUUAUGACUAGUAAGAAAAUUAGUAGAUACAGGACGCCUAGGCCAGCUACAUAUGGCCCUUGGGGACAGGGCUUGAUCAAUCAUUAAACAAAAUAAGCACGUGAUUAGGGCACUAUGGUAAUGGGGGCACCACAGAAUGUCUGCUUUGUUACAUGGCAAAAUUGAUUUAGAAUUAAUUUUCAAUCAGUUUUUCAUUGUUUUGUCUUUUCCUAAAGUUAGCUGUUUUCUCCCAAUUAAUGAUGAUGUGUUAGUGUAUAAAUUCCAAGAAAAACUCAAUAUCACGUGCUAAGCGGUUGUUUGUGCUUUAUUAUUGUUUAUGUUUUAAAUUAUAUAUGUAUCAUGGCACCGAAAUCAUUUAACCCCUGUUGGUCUUAUUCCGGCCCUAUAUUGGCAGUGCAUGUAAUAAUCUUAGGGUCUGUAAUCCGUCCAAUUACAAUCAUUCCGACAUCUGGAUCCACGAUAUCAUGGGAGAUAACUCCUUUUUAUAACAUUUCGUUCGUUCGUUUCUGGAGUUUAACGUUCACUUCCACCGGGGGUGAUAUCGUAUAGACAUGAGUGGAUUCCUGUAUUGAUAACAUUCAAUAAUGAGCAGAUCACUGACUUAAUAAUAUCAAUGUAUACGCUUCCGCGACCAUAGAACUUUGCCGGGCGCAUGCUCGCCGGGUGGUGCAAAUAACAUUCAACCUCAUUUCAUUUCAGAACACAUUCAAUAUGGUCAAAACAGAUCUAUUUCUAAGGUUACCUCAAGAUUUCGUCAGCGUCGCUGAGAUGUAAAUAAGGCUAGGGACCUAGCUCUAACACUCACCCUAACCCCAACCUACAAUCUCUCCAACAGUCACGUGCACCAACCCAUGGACCUUGUUAUAAGGUCCACGGCCAAACUUUGUUUACAUCUCAGCGACCUUAAACGGGCCCUAAUAGAUUUAGCCCAUUUAUUAGGGAUAUACACGAUUGACCGUUUAGGAAUUUCGGGUCAGGGCGCAGGGGCCGACAGAAUAAGAAAUCUCUCAACCAAUCACAACAGCCCCAACCUUUCCGUUGUGUUUAAUUACGUCACCACGCUACCCAGUUGUCGAGACUUAGGGGAUGUUCGAUCGUUGGUCCGGAACGUCCUGAAUUGACAGAACUACAAUCGAGUGACGCCGAAUUCAGUCCUGUCAGCCCCGACAAAUAUUAUGUUUCAGCUGUCAUGGUUGAUUGAUAUAUUAUCUUAUGCAUUCGUUGGCUGUGUUGUAGCUCGAAAUCUAGUCGUUCGGAUGGGACGAAAAACCGAGGUCCCGUGUACACAUCGGCGUGCACGUAAAAGAUCCCUUGGCAGUUGGAAUUCGAUAUAAGAGUAGGCCGUAGCGCCGCUGCCCGGGCAAAAUUUUCCUCAUAUCACACUGUAUGGUGUAUGCCCGUCUUCAUUAGCCCAGGUUAGGAGCAGAACAGUAGGACGUUAAACCCAAUUUCAUUUCAUUUCAUUUCCAAAACUUUUAGGAUUGAGAAAAUCCAGUUCUGGAACGUCCAAUCGAGCAUCCCCAAUACUGUGACAGGACUGAAUUCCAGUUCACUAGAUUGUAAUUCAGAACUUUCCGGCCUAACAAUCGAUCAUAUCGAUAAUAUUUUAGACAUAUUCCCUGGUCUGGAUCGGGGGGGUUGGGAUGGCCUAGUGGUCUAGAGUGCCGCGCUUCGACCUCUGGCUGGCCGGUCACCUCUGGCUUGCGGCUGUGGUUUCGAGCCCUGGUGUGAGCGAAUGUGGCAUGGAGAUAGGGGCGCCUUCUCAACCUCGUGGGUUUCCUCCGGGCACUCCGGUUUCCUCCCACUGCUAAAGACCUCUACGCGCAAGCGAAUUAUUGAAAUAAAAUUAAACCAUAUGUUAGUCCCGAAAUGACCUGGUUGUGCCGAGUGGACGUUAAACCCCAUCUCUCUCUCUCUCUCUUUGUUCUGGCAAUCUGACUAAAAUACAGAUCUAUAUUUCGUUUCGUUUUUUAUACCUUCGAUGACCUACACUACACGAAGAUCACACCGAUCCGCAGUGAAUAUUUGCUUGGCCGCGACAAUCACUGAUAAGGAUGACAUUGAUGCGGCUUAAUGAGCUAGAAAUAUUAACUUUUUUCCUGCGACAAAUUAAAUUCUAAAACAUUUUUUGUAUAUAUUGGAAAAAUAAAUAAAGGCGUUUGACGUAUUUGUAGUUAAAAAUUAUUUCCGAUUUAGUGUAAAUGGGUAUUAAAAUGACUAAAAUGCAGCAUUCUCUCCGAAGCAGUUAUGUCUUAUGUAAACAAUGCACGCACCAUUCAGCCAAUGAUUCACACCGCGUGCUGUGACAGCACGUGUUAAGGCAGUCAUCUAUGACAGAGAUUUUAUACGAGACUCGUAAUUCUCUGUGAAACAGAUUGCACGAAGAUAUGACCGGUUGUAGUGGAGGAUCGUGUCAGAGGUCAUAAAGGUUUGACCCCAUGACAUCAGACAUUUGAUUAACCAAUCAGCAUUGAUGUUUCUAAUGGAUUACCCACAGUUCCGCACCUCACGCCAAAAACUCGCCGUAAUAGGCCGUUUCAUUGGCUAAUCAAUCACAUCAACCAGAAAGCGUUUUAUAUAAGAACUCUUCCAGAUCCUAGUGUAGUGUAAAGACAAGUAAAACGAAAUUUUGAACUAUAAAAACGAAACGAAAUAGGAUCUGUGUUUUAACCAGAUUGUUGUUCUGGCUUUAAAUGUUAUAUUAAACUGUUAAUUCGACAUUCUGAUAAUCAACUCUCUAAACCAUCUGAUGGUCGUCAUUUUGAAUGGAUUAGAACACGCUCGCCGUUUAAUAAUUUAACUAUAAAAUGGAUAAUCGAGACUUUGUUUAUUUGACAACCGAGACUGCAAACUCUCAUAUCUUGGCCCAGAAUCAAGUAAUUUUAAUGAAAUGUUUAAUAUAUUCAUUUGUUAAUUGUAUAUUUUAAAACUGUUAUAGCAAGAACGGUUGGUUCUCUAUCUAAUUUUUACAUAAUGCAUCUUUACUUGGUACAUGAUUUUUAUUUUUAAAUUUUAUGAUUUUAUUUUUUUUAAUUUAAUGAAUGUUUUUGUCUAUCCAAUUCUUACAUAAUGCAUCUUUAUGCGGUAUAUGUUGGGGUUUUCUUUUUGUAAAUUUUAUGAAUUUUUUUUAUGUAAUUUUUAAAACUUUAAAAAAUGUUUUGUACAUUUGUAAUAAAACAAUCAUAAAUGUUUUUGUAAGUAAUAUUCGCAAAUCUUAUCGGAGAGUUUUGGUGGUGUCGAUUUCCCGCUUGUACGUGAUAAGGAGUCCAGCCUCGGGCGUUGUCUCCGCGUUCUCCGGGUUCCUCCCACUGCUACAAGACCCCUACGCGCUAGUGAAUUAUUGAAAUAAAAUUGAACCACAUGUUUGUCUCGAAAUUUUCUCGGGAUUUUCCGACGUGGUUUCAACUUGCCGUAGCGAAGAACAGUAUCUAGUCUUUCGGAUGGACCAAAAACCGUAUACGCAUUGCCAUGCACGUAACAGAACCCUUAAGAGUUUGACUUCCAAAUAAAAGUAGGGAAAAUUUCCCUUGCUGCAUGGUGUAUGUCCGUCUUCAUUAGCUAGGAUGUUUAACCCCGUUUUAUUUCCCACUGGUCUGGUUUCGGGUUGAUCUUAAAGGAGCUAAAUCGCUAAUAUUUUGGACCUAGAAAUUGGCACAAAUGAGUCGCAACACAUAUAAUAAUGUAAUAUGAAUUCAUAUAAACUGUUUUACAUUCAA